AUGGCUGCUGCAUCAAUCGAAAGAUAUUUCCUGGAAAUUGACGAAAUACAGGAUUCUGUAUUCGACAGGAUCCACCAAUUGUGCAGCUUAGAUUCAGAAACACUAAAAGAUGGUGAAUCUUAUGAAGAUCGUCGUUCUGCUCUAUCAAGAAGCGCAAACUCACUCAUGUCUAAAAUACCUGAUCUCUGUCUCGUCAUAGACAUUGAGUUGAAGCAAUUGAACGAAGAGGAAGCUGCAGAAAGCCUUCUACAUGACAAGCUAGCUCUUUACAUUGAAAACUGGCGACGUUUGAAGCUGAAAUUGAAACAAAGCUUGUUGGAAGCACAUGCCUUGGAGAUGGACAUGAUACACAAGCAAAGAAUCGCCGAAUAUGUGAAAGUAGAAGAAAAAGAGGGAACGAAGGAAGAUCUCUUCGCCGGCCGUUCACAGGGAAAAGCAGAGGCAUCUGAAAAGUCUGUCCAAGAUCAAAUUUUAACGCAUAACAAAAAUAUCACUUCUUCAUUGCAACUGACAAAACAAUUAAUGUCUAUGUCUGUCAUGCAAACUGAGCUUAACAUAGAUACAAUUGUGCAACAGUCAAAGGACUUGGGGAACUUAAACGACAAGUUGAUGGAUCUCGAAGGCGUUUUGACAAAAUCCAAAGAGAUUGUACGAUUCAUUGAAAGACAAGACAAGCGCGAUAAGAAACGAAUCUAUAUGAGCAUUUUAUUUCUCCUCUGCUGCAGUGCUUGGGUUAUCUGGCGCAGGAUAUUGAAGACACCUGUAAGAAUAUUGCUUUGGACCCUUUUCAAAUUCUUUGGUCUUUUCAAUUGGGCAAGCAAUCACCUACAAUCAGAAAAAGUGAAUAUUAAUGGCCGGGAAGUUAUGGAGCCGCUUGAAACGCUGUCUUCUACUUCUUUAUCACAUACAAAUGUUGCGUCUUCUUUAUCACAUACAAAUGUUGCGUCUUCUUUCACAGAAGUUUCUUCACUCGCAAACGCGUACACUAAUACUCAAGAUGAACAACCUGAAGAUUCAAUUACUUCGAUUGCAAUAGAGACGGAGACCAAUACUGCGUCUAGUGCAGAAAAUGGAAAGGCACCAAGUGAGCAAGGCGACCAAUUUCAUCACAUCGAAGAGGAAGUUGAGAAGAAAGAGUGGGUGGUCGAACCUGACCAUUCAUCUGAUCAUGAUUCCUCAAUGUCCACAUCAGAUAAUGCACAGGCUGCUGAUCCUGAGGAAUCGAGUGUAUUAGAGACCGAUGAAGAGCUCAAAACAACAGAAGUGGGUCCAUCGUCGUCACAAAAUUCUUUUGAGGAUAUAUUGAUAGAUGAUAAAACUCAUGGCAACGGGGCCAUCGAGUACGAGAAUAAUAAGGAUGAAAAAUACGAAAACGAGACGGGGGAUGUCAAUACUAAAGAGACCAUCGACGCGGGGGCAGAUGAUGGUGCGAUAGAAAUUACCAUAAGUGACGAAAACUUUACCAUGGCUAAUGGGGAUAAUGACAUUCACGAAGCUGACGAUGCCACGCAAAAUUAUCCAAGCGAACUUCGCUUUGAUGUGUUACUGGCAGUGGAAACAGUUUCGGAACAACAAGCCAGCUCUCAAUAUGGUGAUUCUAUAGACGCUGGUGAGCAGGAGACCGAGAAAGAUACAGAUGAAAGGUACCACGAACAAGAAUUCAUUGGCAGAACCGAAGCUAGCACGGGUGAUGAAAGUGAAAUUUUAUCGGAGGGGCCCAAAUCUUCAUACGAAACCACUAUUAGUGUUCCAUCAGAAUUAGCUUCCCCAAUCAACGAUGCUGAUCUAUCAACCUUGGAAGACAUUCCAGUUGCGACAUCUGACAUAGUUGACGCAUCACGAGACCAACAGGAAGUUUAUAGUGAAAUUGACCCCUCUGAGGACUUACCGACAAAACCUAGUGAUGAGGCGGAAGAAAAGCAUAUACUUGAUGAACUAUAA